CUAUGGUGUUGGUCUGUGUCUGUCAAAAUAGUGAAUCAUUGAUUGAUUGCACCGAUUGAUUUUGAUUAAUUUUAAUUACUUAGUUGUUUCACGUUUGUAAUUUGGUUAGUUUAGCCGAUUCCGCAUAUUUUUAGGAAGUACAAAAAAAUACAGUCGUGAGAAACAAUCUGUUACAGUAUAAUCAUGUCUGAGAACCAAGACUCACCAAUGGCUAAUAAUGAAGCCGAUGAUAUACCGAAAGAGGCGGUAACGUCGACAAAUGGAGAAGAUCGGAAAGAUGGUGGUAAGUCGCCGACACCACCUGUUACGCCGCCGCCUGGCGAGGAAGAGACGCAGGAGAUCAUCGUAGUCAAUGAGAACACUGACAUACUUGAUCUAAAUCACGGUAGAAUUGGAAAGAUCGAGAAUCUUGAGCCGCUACAGAACUUGGAGAGGUUAUAUUUGAGAUGGAACUUGAUCAAGAAGAUAGAAGGCCUGGAUACACUGUCCAAAUUAGUGGAGCUUGAGCUUUAUGAUAACCAGAUAGUUGUCAUAGAGAAUUUGGAUAACCUGGUGAAUUUAGAAAUACUGGAUCUUUCAUUCAAUAGAAUCAAGGAAAUCACAGGUCUCAAUAAGCUGUUGAACCUUCGGAAGCUCUUCCUCAGCUCCAAUAAGAUCACAGAAAUCAAAAAUGUUAACCAUUUCCCUAAACUUGAGAUGUUGGAACUGGGAGAUAAUCGUAUAAGGGAAAUCAAAAACCUGGAAGGGUUGAAGACUUUAAAAGAACUGUACCUCGGAAAGAACAAAAUAACAAAAAUACAAAAUCUUGAUGACCUCACUAAUUUAGAAAUACUCAUUCUACAGAGUAACCGUAUUACCAAAAUCGAAAAUCUAGAACAAUUGUGUAAUCUAGAACAGCUGUAUAUAUCUGAAAAUGGUAUAUCGGUGAUGGAGAAUAUGGAUAGUCAAGUCAAACUACAGACUUUGGACUUGGCUAUGAAUAGGAUCACGGUUAUAGAGAAUGUGAGGCAUAUGAGCAAUUUGGAGGAGCUGUGGCUAAACGACAACCAAAUAGCAGACUGGUCAUCAGUGGACUACCUUCAACAGAACAAAAAGCUUGCUACCAUAUACCUAGAGCGAAACCCGAUAGCUUCAGACCCCGCGUACAGAAGGAAACUCAAGCUCACCCUGCCCUCGCUGACACAGAUCGACGCAACCUUGUGUAGAUAAGAAUUCACUAUUAUUAUAAUAAAAUAUGCGUUACGAAAGUUGAAAAAAAUUCAAGCGUCGGGUCACGCCCAACUGAAGCGAAUGCACAUAUUUUCAUUAUUUAUUAUUUUUCGGUGAUCUUAUUGGAACAGACCAUUACAGUCUGGUCCAGACCAUUACGGUCUGGUCCCGACUGGCAGGAACCAGUGCAACCCUAUCUGGUAAAGCCCUGUUUGGUCCAAUCCAGUCCAGCCCAGUGAUUCGGUCCAUACCGAUAAUUUAAGUGAAUUGAGAAGUUUCACACUGGCGCGCGACGAUGGGUUUACAGACAAUUUGACAGAUUACUUUAACAUGUCACAUUCUUUAACUUGAAAUAGUUUACUGGGUUAAACUUAAAAUGAAUAAAUACUACGCAUUUUCAACUUUCGUUAUGCGAACUGUAAGUAGUUCAAAUUUAUUUAUAUCAUCACUAUUUGAAAUCGUAGAGUAUUUUAUACUCAUAGAUUCGAUAUUUUUAAAAUAAAUAGUAUUAUAAAGGAAUAUGCGAUGUGGUCCAUUUGUGCCCCUUCUCCCCUUUAUGUGGGUUGAAUGAGUACUUGUAUAUUUAGGGGUUUUACCCUAAGGUGCAACACACACCUACAGAGUAGCGUGGAGUCUUCUCUGUGUUUUGAUUCAUUAUAUCAAUUGCAACUAUAGGUCAAAGUAAACAAAGCUAAGUUUAAGUUGUUACCAAAAAAAUAUGCUGCAUCUCGGUAGGUGUGUGUUGUGCCUAAUUAUGUAGCUUUGUUAAUGUUGUUUAAUGAACAAGUAGUUUCUGGUAUUUAAUUAAGGUCCUGUUAAAAGGUACAUUAAUUUAAAGUAACAACAUUAAAGAGAGAGAGAAUGUCCAAAAAUAUCCAGACUCGAAUGAAAUAAUUUAUACAUUAUUAUACUUACUACAUAAAUUGUUAGCAUUAUUUAAAUUCUUUUAACUCAAGUCAUAACUCGGUUUAAAUAGUCACAAAUAUUAACUUACAGAAGUAAGUAUUAACUAUACUGUAUUUGGAGAGUAAGAAUACCACUACAACUAAAAUUAAAUGAAAAUCAAUGUAUUUAGACUAUUGAAUAUUUUUUUCAUGAUUUCCAUGAAAAAAGCUCGACGCGAAACAGAUAAAUAGACAAACAGACAACAAAGUGAUCUUUUAAGGGUUCUAUUUUUCACAUAGUGAGGUAUGGAACCCAAAAUAAAGGAUAAAGAAUUUUUGUAAAGAUGCAUUUACUAAUAAAUAUUCUAUAUUCUAAAAGGGUUUGACAGACUGAUUAGAAUUUUGACAGCUUUAAAUAUUUACUCCAAAAACGUCCAUAUGAAUUGUCAUUAACUUAUCUUCAAAAUGUAUGUAACUUAGAAAUAAAAAAUAAUGUAAAAUA